ACGUACCUUCCAGCUUUCAAGCAAUUUGGUAGCAAUGCCAAGGUGGUCCAUUUCCUGGGGAAGACCAAGCCAUGGAGUUACACCUACGACGCCAAAGCCAAACAGUUCAAAGGCGAUGUGAGCGAGGCCGCCGCCCACCCCACGUUCCUCCUGGACUGGUGGACCCUGUUCUCCAGCGCCGUGGUGCCCAUGCUGCAGGAGCAGUAUGGAGACCAGUCCUUCCACUCCGGAUGUGUGGAGUUCCAGAACAGUGACAUGGUCACUUUUGAGGGUGAACAGAUAUGGGAUGAGAGCAGUACUUCACCUGCAGAAGAAACCGAACCCCAGAUGUCCUCAGAAGAACGGAAGAAGAAAUGGGAGCAAGGCCAGGCCGACUACAUGGGAAUGGACUCAUUUGACAAUAUCAAGAAAAAGCUUGACACUUUCCUUAAAUAAGAGGCAAUAUCAAAGAGCACUCAGUUUUUCUCACUUAAAGAAGCAAUCGAGCAGGAUAUCAAAACUACAAACUUGACAAAGGACUUUCAAUAAAAUAGCGUAAACGGCUCGUAUUUCCAUCUUCGCUGUUGCACAACUAGACAUGAGUGGAGUCUGCUCCUUCAGUCGUGUGUUCUCAACGGCUUUAAUUGUCUAUACAAGUCCUAAUUCAGUUUGACCCAGCCACAGGAAUCUGUCCUGCUACACUGAAGACAACCAGGAAAGAUUUCUGAAAACAUAAAUUCACUCUUUUUAAAGGUAUUCCUUUAUUCAUUAGUGUAUUGUUGAGGCUAUGAUUAGAAGUCACUAACUACUUUCUUUUCUCUUUUUUUAAUGUUUUUUUUUUUUACCAUACACUCUUUAGAGCAUUAAUUCUUUUUUCAUGUUCAUUUCUCGUGCUUUUGAAUUGGGUAAACUGCCUCUGUUUUAACAUAGAUCUGAAACAUGUUUACAGCACCGUAUGGUCAUUUUGCCAUACAUGAAAUUUAGUGCUUUCUUGCUCUCUAUUGCAUCACUCAAUCUGUUCUCUGCCAGCUUCUUGUCGGACAUUCGGGUUGACCUUUCUUGUACUUGACCAGAAUGUGUUCUGCCUUUUCAUUUGGAACUAUUAAAAUAACAUUACAAGUU